AUGGAGCCGCAGAAAGAGGCGCGAACACCCCCGGACCUCAUCGUGAGGCCGUCAGGGGCCUUGAGGUCUCAGACGCUUAGUGAGGAGGAGCGGCAGGAGGGCGGUGCAUCGCUGGUAGCGUCCACCUUGGGCGCAGAGGCCGAUAGCGCGAGUGCGGAUGGCCUGUGGGAGUUGCCUGUGGAGCCGGCUGAGCGGAGGCCCGAGUGCAGCCGCUGCAGCCGACCUCAGAAAGUAUGUUUGUGUCCAUUUCUACCAGUACACCCUCUGCACAUCUCUACCCAUUUGUACAUAAUUCAGCAUCCAGCAGAGGAAAACAAAGUGUUGCGGACAGUUCCUCUCCUAGCAGCAUGCCUCCCCCAGGACAAGUGUAAAGUAAAGAUUGGUCGUCGCUUUAGUGAAGAAAGAGAUGUUGAACUUUCAACUGUCUGCCGGAAGUCUAGUACAUUAAUAUUAUAUCCAGGGGCUGAAGCUACAGAUUUGGAAGAAUUUAUAUUAGAUUCUCCUGUUUAUCCUUCUACAAUCAUCAUCAUUGAUGGUACAUGGAGCCAGGCUAAGGAUAUUUUCUAUAAAAAUUCCUUGUUCCGACUUCCUAAACAGGUGCAGUUAAAAACGAACAUUUCCAGUCAGUAUGUCAUUCGGAUGCAGCCAACCAAUAGAUGCCUUUCUACACUGGAAUGUGCUGCUGUUGCUCUUUCCAUCUUGGAGAAGAAUAAUCACAUACAGGAGACUUUGCUUCGUCCUCUUCAAGCUUUAUGCUCUUUCCAACUUCAGCAUGGUGCUCAAAUUCGCCUCAGCAAGGAAUAUCUUCUGAAAAGAUGGAUUAUAUCCCAAGCCAAUGCCAAGGAACAAACGCAAACUCAGGAAAAUGGAACUGUUAAUGAAUAGUGUUAAAAUUUAGUACAAAUUGUUCUUAUGGUGCUAGAUUACCUGACUUUACCAGGCAAUACCAUGUUAUGUUUUGAUACAGUUUAGGCCUGUGUGUUUCUAACUGUAAAGAAUGAAGAUUGAUAUUAAUCUUGUUGGAAAGAAGGAAGUAAAGCAAAUAGCCAUAAAAACAACAUAAAAAAAUUUCACUGACUCUGAAAAUUAAAAUUUCAUACUGUAUUUGUUUAAAAAAAUAUGCCUCUACUACAUUUUUUAAAUCCAAAUUUAAAAUAUGACUAGUUAUAGAACUAGGCUUCGAAGUCCUCAUUUUUAAAGUGGAAGAAAUUGUGCCUAAUUGAAACAGUAUUGUUCCAUUAAUAUUUCUGGGUAACUAGGUGUAGGCCAAUAAUGGAAUGCAUCCUGUACAAGGCAAAAGAAAGUAAUUAUAAUCAAGUAGUUUAAAUCAAAUUUUUAUUUCACGAAAGAGUAUAAAACAAUAAAAAAACUUUAUUCUAUAGAAACUAAACCUCAACUCAGCCAACGUGAUUUAAGUAUUCUGAAAAUUGCCUGAAUUUUUAAAGAGAUGCAUGUUAUUUUGAAAUAGCAUGUAUUCUCAUUUGUUAUUCUGGAUAAAUUUAGAUUUAUUAGUAUUCAUUGAACAGGUUUAUUGACUAACUGAUAAACUAGGUUUUACUAAGUUCCCAUAUAGAAAUAACUGAAGUAGAAUAUUACACAACCAUUAUUUUAAGAACACAUAUCUGUAAGUAAGGUUAUUUAAAACUGUUUUAAUGAGUGAAACUUUCUAUUUGAGACAUCAAAUUGCUCCCCCCCCCCCAGGGAAAUAUUUUCUGAGAUUUUUGAAUAGCAUUAAGAGAAAUAUAUACAAUGUUUAUUUACAUCCACCUUAAAUCUACUACAGUUAGAUUGACAUUUUAGCAAAAAUAAGGGACUUGGUUUUGGUCUCUAUUUAUGACUUCUAGAGUUCCCUUUAAUCCUGAGUUAAGUUGGAAGGAAAAACUAAACAUACAAUUUAAGGAAAGCUUGAUAAAGAUGUGUGUGUGCAUAAAAUGAGUAUAUAUCAUAGAAUUAGUACAUACAGUUUUCAUGCUCAUUUACUUGCUUAUCGUUGACCUAGAUUAGAUCCUUACUAGAAGCUAUAAGACUGGUCACAAUUAGAAUUAUAAUUAAUGUUUGGGAAAACCAUGCAGAAAAUACUUUAAAACAAUGAACGAAAGUUAGAUUCCUAUUUUUCAUUGUUGGCUUAUUUUUGGAUUUAAGAAACAGAUUAGCUCAUUUACCUAAAAUACCUAAUUUAAAUUAGGUAUUAACAUUAAUACCUAAUUAGCAUUAUUUGGUAUUAAAGAAGAAAUAAUAAUGUGUAAUUGUUUCUUAACAACUGGGUUAAAAUAAUCUUGCAGUAAAUUUUUAUGUUAAAAUUAAACUUCACAAAUUACCUUUAGUAUUAUUACUGAUUUAAAAAAACUCCUACAUAAGAUACCAUUUAUAUUUUCAAAACUUCAAUUUAUGUUGACUUUUAAAAAUAUACUUUUAUCUUUUAAAUGCAUUUGAGAGUAUUUUUUGAGCACUUGAAAAGCAUAAAUUUCACUGUUUGGGAAAUGUAUAAAUGUUUUUUUCAAGAAAGUUUAUGUAGUUUUCCAAAUUAUUUACUGAUUUCUUAAUUGAUUUUAAUUAUUUUUUACAAUUGUUUUUAUUGACAUGUUAACAUGGUAAUUCCAUUUAAUCUAAUAAUAAGGUGAUUCCAUUUGAUCUUCUUUGGCAUGCCAUCUUUCUCUUAAGUCACCUGUUCUUAUGAAGCUUUUUAAAUGUUAUUAAUUUUAUCAUUUUUUUUUAUACCGAGGAUUGAACUCAGGGGUAUUUGACCACUGAGCCACAUCCCAGCCCUAUUUUGUAUUUUAUUUAGAGACAGGAUCUCACUGAGUUGCUUAGGGCCUCCCUAAGUUGCUGAGGCUGGCUUUGAACCCAUGAUCCUCCUGCCUCAGCCUCCCGAGCCACUGGUAUUACAGGUGUGUGCCACCAGACCUGGCUAAUUUUAUUGUUUUUAAUUACUAAAAAUUCUCAAAGUAUGUAGAAUUGUGUGCAUAUUUUAACUACAAAUUUAAUUUGGCUUUUAAAAAUUGUUACAUUUUUGUUGUAUUAGUUGGUCUUUGAAUCCACAUGCUUUAUGUUUACUGGAGUUUCCCAAAUUAGUUUCAUGUUUUUGGAUUUGUUGCUGAUAGCUGGCUUUAUGUGUACACUUUAACUGCACUCUGAUAUAGUAUAGAUUAUUUUGUGAGUUGUGAUUUGAAUCAUGUUAACUCAGAGAAUAGUAUUUCCUCAUGCACAAGAUGACUAUGCUCUUAACCCAUUUAUGAUAGGUUUAAAAUCACUAUGUGUACUGAGGGAUGUUUUUGAGAGGUUCUCACACAUAUAAGGGUUGAAAACUAGAGUAUACAAACUAAAUCUCAGUAUGUGGCAAUUUUCUAUACCUAGAGUUGUGAUCAAUUGUAUGUGGACUUCGGUAGUUAUAUUAGGGAAAAUUCUCCUCCUGAACUUUAAGAUUCCAAACACAGCUUUCCUUAAAUAAGACUGCUCAUAUUUUAGGUUUUGUUUUGAAGAUUUUAGAAGAAACACACGCCUUACUAACAUUGUUUGUUAAUUAUAUAGAAAAGUACUUAACUUCCUGUUUCUUUAUCAGAUUUUCUAUCUUAUGGAUAAAUUUUUGACCGUUGGAUAUAUUUGUUUAUUAGUAUAGAAGUAAAUUUUAUUGAUAUUACAGUCAAAGAUUGGAUCAGAGUAGUAAACUCAAAAGUUUCUUGUUUUUUUCCUUUUUAAUUUGUUCUGGGAAUUGAACCCAGGGCAUUCUAUGUGCUGGGAAAAUGCUCAACCAGCAAGCUAAAUUCCCAGCCUAGUGAAUUAAAAACUUUCAUAUAACUGUAGUUUAUUAUGCAGAUUUACUUCUUUAAAACAGGUAUGAAUGGAUAUUUUUAUAAAUAAAUAAUACUAUGUUUUAGAUGUAA